CCCCAACAACGCCCAACGGUUCCUAAAUUCCAAAUCACCUUUCCCUCUCAACCUGUUAAUAGCACUUGCUCUGUUUCCUGCAAAUUGAAGCUUUUCUUCCAAUUCCAAAAAUGGGUGCCUCAGGAAAAUGGUUUAAAUCUCUUAUAACUUUCAAACCGCUUCAAGAUCCCAGUAAUCAGGAGCAGGUUGGAGAUAAGACCAAGAAGAAGUGGAGGCUAUGGAGGAGCUCAUCGGAAGGGUUCGGGUCCUCCUCAUCCAAGGGUCUCAAGAUGCGUCACGUGGCUGCUUCAGAGGUCUCCGGUCCAUCUUUCAUGGUAGAUGAUGUGCUCGCUGCAGCAAUGGCUACAGUUGUUCGUGCUCAACCCAAAGAUUUCAGAACUGUUAAGCGAGAAUGGGCAGCGAUUCGAAUCCAGACUGCAUUUCGAGGCUUCUUGGCAAGACGAGCUCUAAGGGCGUUGAAAGCUGUUGUAAGGAUUCAAGCUAUAUUCCGUGGUCGUCAAGUCCGAAAGCAAGCUGCUGUAACAUUAAGGUGUAUGCAAGCUCUUGUUAGGGUCCAGGCUCGAGUAAGAGCACAAUGUGUGAUUUCUUCAGAAGGACAAGCUGUGCAGAAACUAAUGGAUCAAUACCACAACCAAACUGAUCACCCAACCAAACAAGCUGAGAAAGGAUGGUGUGACAGUAUGGGAACUUUAGAAGAACUAAGAGCGAAACAGCAAAUGAGACAAGAAGGUGCAAUCAAGAGGGAGAGAGCAAUAGCAUACUCUGUCUUAAAACAGCAGUCAAGAUCAUGUGCCAGUCCGAAUGCGAUAGCAAACAACCAGCCAGCCUCUCGCAAGAAUCAAAGGCUAGAUAGGAAUCGUCAAGAUUGGAAUUGGCUAGAACGUUGGAUGGCAACCAAGCCCUGGGAAACCAGGACGAUGGAAGAGAUUACAGAACCAUCAUCAUUUUCUCGGAAAAGUGAAGACAACAUUUUCAGCUUUCACUCCAGCUCUUCUGAACAUGACUCCCUAAAAGUAAGAAGGAACAAUGUCACAACCAGAAUUCUCGCAAGACCUCCUAUAUCCACUCAAACUUCUGGUUCAUUGUCUGCCCCAAGUUCUGAGUCUGUCUAUGACGAGAGCUCAACAUCAACCUCAUCUGCAUCGGUAUCUCCAACUACAUUGUCUAGCAACACUCUCGUUGCAGCCACAUUAGAAGAUAAUCAUACUCAAAAACCAAGCUACAUGAAUCCUACAGAGUCUAUUAAAGCUAAACAAAAGAUUUUCAGGUUUUCUUCAGAUAAUAUGAGAAGACAUGUGGUUGAUGAUGAUUUACAAUAUUUUCAAAAGAAAUUGAUGACACUUUCUUGUGAGGACACAAGGAGCAGUGCUGAUUCCAAUCCAUCAUUUAACUUCUCCAGGGAGCUGUACCGACCAAGAGAAAUAGGUAGACAAGAUUGCCUAAGGAAUCAGUGGCGUCAAGGUAGACGGCAAGGAAAUUCUUUUAUGUAACCACGACAAGUAUUUUAUGUGUUUUGUAUCCUACAAUGGAAUCCUGCAAAAGACUUUUUUGUAGUAUAAUAUUAUUGUGUAAGAACUGAAACGAGUUUGAGAAAAGUUUGAUUUUGCCCCCAAUUAGCAACUCAUGUUUGGCUUUGGCUUAAGCCUCUCCAAUGUCGGGUUUCUGUCAUUGCAUGCCCAAACCAACACUUUUUGUUUGCUCGAAAAUCCAGUAAGAGUUUCUUUUCUUUUCUCAUUUGGCUCCUCUAUUUUGUCACAACUGAUUUGAAACGUAAAUGAAACAAAUUGA